AUGCCCAAUGGUAUCGAGUUUGAAGGCCGCUACUCUCAAGUUGGAACUUUCCCCAUUGGCAUUGAUCCUGAUCAAUUCGUCAACAACCUAGCGAAGCCUGGUGUCAAGGAGCGAGUUACUGCGCUUGAGCAACGCUUCAAGGGGGUCAAGAUUAUUGUGGGAGUAGAUAGGCUCGACUACAUUAAAGGCGUACCUCAGAAGCUACAUGCCCUCGAAGUUUUCCUGACAGAGCAUCCAGAGUGGAUUGGAAAGGUUGUGUUAGUCCAACUCGCCGUUCCAUCACGCCAGGAUGUUGAAGAAUAUCAAAACCUUCGCUCAACUGUCAAUGAGCUCGUUGGGCGCAUCAAUGGACGUUUUGGAACUGUUGAAUUCAUGCCUAUCCAUUUCAUGCACAAGAGUUUGGCAUUCGAUGAGCUCUGCGCGUUGUAUGCGGUGAGCGACGUGUGUCUUGUAACAUCUACCCGAGAUGGAAUGAACUUGGUUUCUUACGAAUAUAUCGCAUGCCAACAAGAACGCCAGGGCGCGAUGAUUUUGUCCGAAUUCGCCGGUGCUGCUCAAAGUUUAAAUGGAAGCAUUGUUGUCAAUCCAUGGGAUAGCCAACAAGUAGCCGACGCGAUUCACGAGGCAGUUACGAUGUCGCCUGAAACCCGUGCUGAGAAUCAUAAGAAGCUAUUUAAGUAUGUGACUAAAUACUCCGCAGCGUACUGGGGAACAUCUUUCGUGGGUGAAAUGUCUCGUCUCAAACCUUCGCAACAUCCGGCGGCGCCCCCGGAGAUCGGGGGCGGGCAGAGCACGGACCGUGAAGGCGAGGCACUGGAACAUGGUGCAGUACCUACGUAG